AUGGGUGAACUUUUCACCAAAUAUUACCGGCUGCAAGAGGUUAACCGAAACUUGGCAGCGGAGACUAAAGUUGCUGUGGUCUCCGAACUCUUGGAGAUCCUGGAUGACCUGGAGCGGGGAGCCAGCCAGGAUGGUGGCACCGGGGCCAGUUCCUCUUUGAAGACGCUAGCCAAAAAGUUUGAAGCGAGGCCGUAUGCCGGUAAUGUGGGGUGGGUGGAAUCAUGUAAAGAAACAUUUGAAAAAGACAUAGGAUUCAUGGCACCCUUGUCCUUGUGUGGUCUAUUUGCCCUUUUCACUGUCAUGCUGCCUCUCCCACACAAUUGA